GCGGCCUCGUCCUUGCUAUUCUUGAAUGAAACUUCUUUCUUGGUUCUGUGAAAGCUAAUCUCAAUGCUGCAGUCUUCAUGGAGAGGUAUCUCUGUCUGAUGUUGGGCUUUCCCCAAGGCAGUCUUGAUCGCAGUAUGGGCUCCGAGGACUUGCUCGCAGCUGAUACCCCGAUAGGGCGGCUCGAGCGGAUCCACUGCGUUGUCGCAUCUCGGAUUUUGGAGCGCAACGAAUCUCGCUCAGGCAUCGAAGAUACCGCCCUGACGCGGUCCAUCGACCUGGAGCUCCAAGGGGCCGUCAGAAGCCUGCCCAGCAAGUGGUGGCUGACUCCAGACCUGGACAGCAAGCUGACCGACGCCCAGGGCCUCUUCUGGAACACGAGGCGCAUCUUCUCACAGCUCAUGCACUACAACCUCCUGAAUCAGCUACAUCUCCCCCACAUGCUCCACUCCUCGUCCUCCCCCGGGCGCGGCUCCGAAUAUUCGCGCCUGGCGUGCGCCAACGCCUCGCGCGAGGUGCUCUCGCGCUUCAUCACGCUGCGCAGCUUCAACGGGAUCGCCUACAGCUGCCGCACCGUCGACUUUCUGGCCCUGAUGGCGGCCCUGACGCUGCUGCUGGCCCACCUGGACAGCCGCCGCCACCCGACCGACGCCGGAGACCUUCUCGCCCACCAGUACCACAGCGACCGGGCGAUGAUCGAGAGGGUCCAGGAGAACAUGGAACAGGUCAACCGGCUGAACUCGGACGCGCUGAGCGAGAAGAGCGCGGACCUGCUGCGCCGGCUGUUGACCAUUGAUGCCGAUGCCACGGGCUCGGCCCCGGGCAAGGUCGAUGUCAUCCAGGAGCCAGCCGGCCCUACGGCGUCCCAUGUGGAGCACAACCCUAUUGUGAGCGUGCAUAUCCCCUACUUUGGCACCAUCCAGAUCUCGCGCGAGGGGAUAAACAAAGAAGCCCCCAAGCCCGGACCAGCCUUCACUCCAGCCAGCGGCCCCGCGGAGUCGCCAAAGAGAGCUUCGCUACCAGGUGCUCCGGUGUACCUGCAAGAUAACACGGAAAUGGGUGCUGGGGCCGGAAUUUGUGCCGCUGCCGGUUAUGACAACAGCGACACGAACUUCGGGGCACUUGCCACCCCUGACACGGACGUGGCGGACUUGUAUGAUUCGCAAAUUUUCCAGCAGGAGCAGUACCCUGGGCUGGUGGCAGGCAGAGAAGAUUGGGCGUUUCAAGGUGUUGACGCUUUCUUCUUUGAAAGCCUCAUGGGAGGCACCAGGAACAAUGGCGAUAAACCGAUGGGUUGGCCUACAAUGGUGGGCAUCACCGAUAGUAGCUAG